AUGGAUAUGAUCAUGUUAGAUGUUAGUAGGCAUUCGAUAAAAUACCCCAUCAACGUCUCAUUAGCAAAUUGCAGUUCUAUGACAUACAGGGAGGUACCCUUGCUUGGAUCAAAUAAUGGCUCACCAGUAGAUCAGUGGCAGUGUGUCAUAGUCGAUGGUGUGUGUUCGAAAUCUGUAGUAGUGACUUCAGGGGUGCUAGAAGGCACAGUAAUCGGUGCAUUGAUGUUUUUUAUAUGCAAGAUGAUCUAGUAUGUACGCUAAGAUUGCUUGCUGUUAAAGCUUUACUGCAUCAUAAAAUCUUUCAUAAUGAUGACACCUUGGCUUUACAGUGUGACCUAGACAAACUAGGCUUAUGGGCUGAUAGGUGCCAGAUGGUGUGUAAACCCACCAAAUGCUACAAAAUAUUUCUCUAUCGGAGUAAAUCUCCGAAAUAA